CAGAUGCUAUCCCCCACGGUACCCAUUGCUUCCCUGACCUUCACCGGCCGCGUCAUCAUCUUUCCUGACUUUGAAUUGGAGUUUGUGCCCAAACCACCACCCAGCAGGGCCCCUCACAAGAGACAUGUCCCUGCUGAGGACAACAUGCAGAAGAAAGAAGAGGUUUUGUCACCUCCCAGGCAGAGCAAGAGAGGUCCACUGAGUUUGGCUGAACUGCCCUCGUUUGAGGAUUGCAACUUGACCCGUGAUAAAUCCCCACAGCUCUGGAAAACAAUAAUGGAGAACAGGAAGAAGCCUUUGUCUGGGUGGCUGCCAGUGGUCCCCGACAACUCACCCAGAAAAGGGCAGCAGGUGACCAGCCAACCCAGGGGCAAACCCAUGCCCAAUAGCCAAGCAUCCCAGCAGAGCCCAGCUCAGGCACUGAAACCUCAAUGGUGCAAACAAGGAGAACAAGAAAGAAAGAAAGUUCCUGUCGGAAUCAAAUUACCGUCAGUGAGGUGUGAGGCCAGGAUGCCUGAGAAGCCUCCCGCCUACAAGGUCUUCAUUCCGCAACCACUGACACUGGAGGUGGCACAAUUACUAAAAUCAAGGCCAGAGACGUUCUGGUCAGUGCUGAAGGAACCGCAGAAGACCGUAUUAGCGGGAUACAGCUUUGAGCCCUCCCUUCUUGUGCCACCAAUGUAUGAAGAGUCCAGGUCUACGCAAUGCCACCCACUGAAGGCCAGAUCUGCAGUGUCCAGGAUGGAGUGGCCCUGGCUGGAGUGAUCAGGGCUUGGGGUGCCUGCAGCAGAGGGAGUACCACCUGAGGUGGCAGAACAGGUCCGUGAUUCAGAUCUGUGUCAUUCUUGGGUGCUGUUCCCUUGUAGAAAUGCAGAGUUAGAGUACAGUGGGGACUCUUCAAAGACUCCAAAGUUCCACCUGAUGAUCCCAUCUCAGGCCCUUCCAUCACCAGGGGCGAGGGGCUUAUUUUCCAAUGUUGGCCUCUCUUCUGUAGCCCCAGGAAACACACAAGACAAUCUGAUUUUGCCAUGUUUGGAACACCUAACGAACUUCAAGGCUGCUGUGGGACAUACGGGUGCAUAGCUGAGCCUGGGAGGAAGAGAGGGGUGGGAGGAGGUGUUUUCAUGAUGUGCUAAUGCUUCUCGGCAUCCUCCUCUGUCU